AAAUGACCCAAAAAAUUAGGCAGUUCUUCAAGUGCCUGAACUUUGAACUGUUUGUUCUAUUCCUGUGGGCGCACCCACUAUACCAUUAUUCAGUUCAAAAUUUCCAAGAAUGAGGAAAGUGCCAGCCGUAUUGAGGCAAGCUCGUAAAGCUAUUUUUGGAGAUUUGGAUUUGCUUAAAGUAUUACAAUCUGAAAUCAACCAUGAACUCUCCCUUAAACCUUUUCAGCAGAAUGAUGAAAGUAGAAGCUUUGGAGAUUUUUUCGUAGACUGGGAUUCACCACAAUCCCAAGACGUAGUUCUACGCAGGAGAUGCAAGUCAGGGGAGGAAGUUGCUGUUUCUGCUUUAUUGGGUGCUGAGGGCUCUAAUGAAAAUGUUAAAUUUCCCAGGGAAGCUUUUAUGAAAGUAGGCGUGAAGAAGCCCGGCUUGAGAUCCAUCCUACAGUUUGAUUGUGUGGCAACUGCACAAAUUGGUGAUGACUGUAGCUUUGAGAUUCAUAAUGUGAACUACAUUCCAUCAUCCGAACUGGAUUCUUCAGCCCGCAAAGGUCCCUCGGUCAGUUUUUUCAGUGCAUUAGAUCAGACUCUUCAAGAAGAGCUCUACAAAUAUCUAGAAGCAAGAGGAGUUGGUCUAAGUUUCGCGCAUUCGCUCUUACUCCACCUACACAAGAAGGAGCAAGGUCAAUAUGUCGACUGGUUGCACAAAUUGCAAGCUAUUGUAACACCAAGUGAAUGACGCGGAAAACGCUCCAUGCAGGAUAUAGAUAUUUGACUUGAUUCAAUUCAUGACAUUAAGGCGCUGAUUGCUGGAGGGAAAAACAUCUAUUGGUUAGCUUGCAACUUUUGCUGGUUUCUGUAUGUUUUAUUUAUAGUAAACCCCUUCUCGUUAUACUGAAAUAGAGAUCUGAUUUAAACGGCCAGGCACAACUAAAUAAUGGAAUUCUCUAAAAAGGUUCAAGAAUUGUAAGUUGAGUGGACCUACAUAAUUUUGUUGAAAGAGGAAGGGGCACUUGAUGUUUUGA